AUGAGAAUUGAGGAUAUUCCACCCUUGGCAUUAACUCCACAAAUGGAGAAGACGAUGGAUAAGGGCCUAACACUGCCAGCAGCUUUGGAGGAGCAGAUCGGAAACAACAACCGUAUUCCGGAAUUUAUUGAGCAUCGACAGCCCUUUGUUGGUGAAAGCAAGUUGAGACAAUCACUUACCAAACGCCCAGCCACAGCACUGAAGGACUUACGUGUCAGGAUUGAGCAGUACGCUCGCCUUGAAGAUGAUCAGAUCCCCACUGAGGUGGCAUCGGCUGAACAGACAACUCGGGGAAACAAAAUAAGAGCAGAUCAAGGGGAACCCCGAGGAGUUGCAGUGAAUGAAGUAGACAAGUCUAAAUCCCACGUAGCAGUAGUUACAGUCUUCAAAGAACCUAUCUAUCAUAUUAUGGAGAAAAUCAAGAGAGAGUCGUUCUUUACUUGGCCACCAAAGAUGCUAGGAGACCUAGCUCGGCGCAACCAAAAGCUCAGAUGGACCUAUCAUCAGGACAAGGGGCAUAUGACUCAAAACUGCCGAGCAUUGAAGCAACACCUAGAGGACUUGGUAGCUGUUGGGCACCUCCAAGAAUACAUUGAUCCAGACAAAGUGGUAACCGAGCAGGAGAACCCCCCACCAGAACCAAACGCAGAGCAUUUGCCUCGAUUGGUCAUAAAUGUAAUUCAUGGCACAACCGGUCACGAGCGAGAAUAG